CUUUCAGCGAAGGAUAAAGUCAUUCUGCAGACGACAAUCGAGCGUUCGACUGACAGUAGCCCUGGCGAUCAUGCUUCCACUACUGCUCGUUGUCCUCGCGCUUCAAUACGGUACCAAUCAGGCAUACACUUCUCCUUGGCACUACAGAUGCGAUGGCGGUCUGUGCAAGAAGAUAUUGAUCACUGAACAGGACACCAACCCGGUCGCUCUUAGCAUAUGUCAAUUAUCAUGCGGUCAAGGUGGAACUCUGUGGCCGAAGCCGACAGGACAUAUGUCCUUCGGCAAAACUGUGGUACAGCUUAAUCCUGAGAACAUCGUUCUUGCCGGAAUAUCCACUCAGACGGUAGUGGGAAACCUUCUUCAGAGAAACGUGGAUCUUAUGAAGGAGAAUGCGAAGAAACUUAGUGGUCCUGUCUCUUUGAAUGCAGGUGGGACCGGGCUAGUGAUACGUUUUAACGAAGGACUUGAUUCCACUAAUGCUAAGUUGACCUUGGAAACGGACGAGAGCUACACUCUUCAAGUGGUUAUGGUCGAUGGACAGGUAGAAGCCCAUAUCACCGCAAACACGUAUUUCGGAGCUCGACACGCAAUGGAGACCCUCAGCCAGCUGAUCGUCUUUGACGACUUGCGCAAUGAAAUUAAAGUAGCCAAUGAAGUAUAUAUCGUAGAUGGUCCGAAGUAUCCUUAUCGCGGGAUCCUUCUGGAUACCAGCCGAAACUAUGUCGACAAGGAGACGAUUCUGCGGACAAUCGAUGGUAUAUCCAUGUCUAAGAUGAACACGUUCCACUGGCACAUCACCGACUCCCAGAGUUUCCCCUACGUCAGUAAAACGUGGCCUGAUUUUGUCAAGUACGGUAGCUACACGCCGACCAAGAUCUACACAUCCGAGAUGAUCAAGGAAAUCAUCGAUUACGCCUUGGUUCGCGGUGUCAGAGUCUUGCCGGAAUUCGAUGCACCUGCGCACGUCGGUGAAGGCUGGCAGUGGGUAGGCGACAAUGCGACAGUUUGCUUCAAAGCUGAACCAUGGAAGGACUUUUGCGUGGAACCGCCAUGUGGUCAAUUGAAUCCUACCAGUGAAAGGAUGUAUGAGAUUCUUGAAGGAAUUUACAAGGAUAUGAUGGAAGAUUUUCAACAGCCAGACAUCUUCCACAUGGGCGGCGAUGAAGUAAAUAUCAACUGCUGGAAAUCCCAAAACAUCAUCACCGAUUGGAUGCAAAAGAAAGGAUGGGAUCUUAGCGAGAGUAGUUUCUAUCUAUUGUGGGACUACUUCCAGGAAAGAGCUCUGGAAAAACUGAAGAUUGCCAACGGUGGCAAAGAUAUUCCGGCUAUUUUGUGGACCAGCGGAUUAACGAGUGAGGAGAAUAUUAAACAUCUGGAUCCUGCAAAAUACAUUAUCCAGAUUUGGACAACUGGGAGUGACCCAACUAUCGGCAGGCUACUUAAAAAUGACUUCAAGAUUAUUUUCUCAAAUUACGACGCUUUAUAUCUUGACUGUGGAUUUGCAGCUUGGGUAGGCGAAGGUGUCAAUUGGUGCGCGCCUUAUAAGGGCUGGCAAACGAUUUACGAUAAUUCUCCAUUGGAUAUGAUCAAGAAACAAGGUUACGGGAAUAAGAAGCAUCUUAUUUUAGGUGGAGAAGCAGCGCUUUGGACCGAACAGGCUGAUAGCGCGAACACCGAUUCUAGAUUGUGGCCAAGAUCGGCCGCGAUGGCUGAAAGAUUGUGGAGCGAGCCGGACUCCAAGUGGCAUCAUGCCGAACAGAGAAUGUUGAGGCAUCGCGAAAGACUCAUCGAACGAAAAAUCUACUCGGAUAGUUUACAACCUGAAUGGUGCAUACAGAAUCAAGGCUCGUGCUAUGCAUAAAUCCUAAAGAUAUUAUAAAAACUGUCUACAUAAUCGCUCCUACAUAAUCCUUUACCGUUUCUAGACAUUUUUAAUAUUGAAAUAAAGCAUGUUGUUUUAAUUCUGUUAACGUUUUAUUUUUUUUUCUUAGAUUUUUCUCUCUUUAUCUUUCUUUCUUUAUCUUCAAAUCUAAAGUAACUAUUCUAAUACAAACGACAUUAGGGUCGUGUCGAUUCUUUGACAAAACAUACGAAGGUACAAUAUAACCCCCAACAAUUGACGUUUGCUAAACAGUAAGGCAUACUAUUCAAAAAUAAAUGAGAAGAUCGAAAUUGUAAA